UACGUCCUGGUCUGGAUACUUCACACUUUACCGGAGUGCGCACCUGACUCGAUCAGAGGAGUUCAAGUUGUUUUCCGGAGAUUCUAAACUUCUAACAUGGAUACACUAAGAAGGACUUUCCGGAGACGACAUCGAAAGGAUUACUCGGAAAUCAACCCGAUGCUGAAGUAUUUCUUGUUCUUUGAAAAUUUUCUUAUUUGGCUCGUUGGUCUUGCGAUGACUGCUAUAGGCGCCUAUGUCCUGUAUAUCAAGAAGAAGGUGGUUAAGGAUGCGUUCGAUUUCUUCCUGGACCCGUCCACACUGAUGACGACAGGGGGCGCUAUCAUCGUCUUCAUCACAUUCUUUGGAUGUAUGGGGGCCCUGAGGGAAAAUGUGUGUUUUCUUAAAACAUACAACUACAUUUUGGGCUUCAUCUUCUUGGGAGAGAUGGCGCUGAUCAUUCUCAUCUUUGUGUUUUAUUACGUCCCCGAGUCACGUGAUAAGCUUGGAAUUUUCCCGGAAAAAAGUUUGAGUGAGGCGAUAGUGAAAUAUGGCGUUGAGGAUGACGAUGAUAUGGUUAACUUGAUAGACAACAUUCAAAAAACGCUUCAGUGCUGCGGCAUGGACAACACCGAUGACGGAUACAGGGGCUGGGCUAAAAACAUCUACUACAACUGUUCAGAAUCAAACAACAGUCCAGAGGCAUGCUCCGUGCCCCACUCCUGCUGUAAGAUCAAGCCGGGAGAGGAAAUAAACAUUCUUUGUGGUAGAAAAGUCAUGCAGUAUGAUAAAAACGGUAAUAUUAUGGAUGGUCCGUACAUCAGUCGUAUUAACAAGGAGGGAUGUGUGAAGUCUCUCGGGACGUGGAUUCAGACCAAUGCUAUGGUUCUAGGGGGCAUUCUGCUGGGGAUACUCCUUCCACAGAUGUUUGUGAUGUGCAUGUCAAGAUCUCUGAGAGACCAAAUCAAGAUACAGAAAUCAAAAUGGAACCGACCGAAACGUUACCAUGACAACCGAGCUUUUGAGCGGUACUAAAUCUAAUUGCAAUGGAACCUUGACAAGAUACUUUCAUGACUAUUUAGAGAUUUUUUCAUCUCAGAAUUUCAAGUCAAUACAGUUAUCAUAAAAUUUAGUUUUGACUAAUAUAAAUACAAUAUUUGAUUUACAUUGGUUAUUAGCAAUAUACGAAGUGUUGUGAUGUUUGUUAUGAAGUUUUUAAUUUUUACAUUUUCUUUUAGAGAGAGAGAGAGAGAGAGAGAGAGAGAGAGAGAGAGAGAGAGAGAGAGAGAUGUGAUUCUUCAGAAUGUUUCUUUUUUAUAAAAAAAAUAAAUACUUGUUUAGUGAU